CAUGGACCUUCCAAAGCCAUUCGAAACGACCCAGUGGAGGUUUAUACUUUUCAUCGCCACUCUCGUUGUCUCUCUCGCCCUCAAACCAUCUCCCAUUCGCUCCCUCAUAUUUUCCAUCGCCUGCGCCGUAUAUGUCUCUAUCGUCCUUGUUCCAUCUCCAACUCCACUUACCGCCAUGAUUGAAUAUCAAUUCGGCCUCACCGGCGCACAGUACCUCAGCCGAGCCUGUUACCUUGUCUUUUUCACCAAGAAUCCUUUGCAAGAACUCCAACAGAAGGGACAGAAAAUACCAGCGGCGGAAUUAGACCUCGUUUCAAGAUUGAUGUGGAGCCUCAACCUGAUCCUCAACACUCGUGGUGCCAACUGGUCCUGUGAAGUUCGGGGACUCCGGCGCUCCGGGGCCCACACGCGUUGGCCCUUCGUCUGGUCCCAACUCAAGUGGGCUGCCGCCUUUUUCCUGCUCCGCGAUGCGCUGGAGUUUUCCGUUCGGCGCAAUAACGCAUUUGGGGCGUUGCAUGAGCAAGGGAUUCUGGAUGCCCAAUGGGUACUCUGGCGUACAUUCAAUGGAGUCUUGUUUUGGUUCACCCUGUAUGCCUUGAUGCAAUCUAGCCAUGCGUUCGGUGCCGCUAUCUUCGUGUCUCUGGGGCUUUCAGAGCCAAGCGAUUGGCCGUCGUGGUUCGGGCCGUUGGAUGAGACAGUAACGGUCCGGAAGUUCUGGGGACAAACUUGGCAUCAAGCCAUCCGUAUGGGAGUGGCUACACACGCUCAACACUUUACAAGCACGAUCCUUAAAUUUCCCAAGGGGACUUCUCGAUCAUCAUAUACCCAACUUUACAUCGCCUUCUUCAUCUCUGGUCUCAUCCACGCCUUGGCCGACUUCGCCGUCACUCAUGACAUCAAGCCUUUCAUUGACAACAUUGUCUGUUACCUCAUUCAAGCUGUCGCUAUCACUUUCGAAGACGCCGUCAUAGCCAUAUCCAAGAGAUUCGGUAUCCCUCGGGUGCCUCGAGUUGUCGGAACUUACGCGGAAGGAACCCACUACGGAUUGGGAAUUUUUGUCGAGACUUCGUUGGAGCCUCAAUCUGGUCGUGAAUCCCCGCGGCGGUCUUUAGUUGGGCUGCGACGCUCCGGCCACGCCCACUGGGCCUUCGUCUGGUCCCAGCUCAAGUGGGCUGCGGCGUUUUUUCUUCUCCGCGAUGCGCCGGAGUUCUACACCCGGCGCUUUAACGCCUUUGGACGAAUCGACGAGCAGGCGGUGGAUGCGCACUAUCUCGUCUGGCGUGCAUUUCAUUGUUUCCCUCGGGAUUUCGCAUCCCAGCAAUUGGCCGGCAUUUCGGGCCGCCUGACGAGACGGUUACGGUCCGUUCUGGGGGCAAAUCUGGCAUCAAGCCAUCGGCGGACUCCCACGCUCAAUACGUCGGUCCUCGCAGACACGGUAUUUCGAUUUCCCAAGAGCACCUCGCGAUCAUCAUACACGCAUCUCUAUGUGGCCUUUGUCAUCUCUGGUCUCAUCCACGCCUUUGCCGACUUCGCUGUUGCACAUGACAUCAAGCCUUUCAUCGAUAAUAUGGUCAGCUACCUAUUUACUCGAGCUUCUUG